AGUUAAAUCAGUAAUGUGAAAAUAUAAACAUAACACAAAAAUAAGCACAUUUUCAUUUUGAAUUGAAAGAUGGAUAAAAGUUUCCAUAGUCCAUUAGCAUCAGCAGCACGUAGUCCAAUUAGCCGAAGUCCUUACGCACCAAGAUCAAAACAGAAUUCGAUUUCAGGAAAACGAUUAUCAGUUUUGCCGGGUUUUAAAAAAUCAUCUCGAUUUAGUGUCUCAGGAAAGUCUACACACUCGGUGCAAGUUGUAACCAAAACCCCAUCACAUACUGUAGAAUGUUUUGGAAAUCCUUUACCAGUUUUGAUUACAGAAGCUUUAACAUUUAUUGACCGAAAUACGGUAGUGUCUGCACAAAUUUCGGAAUGUGGUUAUGCUUGGGUAGUUUGCGGCCGACGUUUAUUAAUAUGGCAAUAUAAACAGAUAUCCAGUGGCACCCGAAAUAAUUCACAAUGCUACGAAUUAAUUCUACCACAAAGUGAUUUGGUUCAUCGUGCUGAUUUAGUUUGUAUUAUUCCACCAGAAUCAAAUUCAUUGGCGCCAGCUUGUCUUGCAGUUUCACCAGAAGGUGGUGUACGUUAUUGGCCGUCAAUAUCACACGAAGGUGUUUCGGUCGAACAAUGUAUCGAACUGCAUGGAGAAGAAUGCGAUACCGUAAUUUACGUGAACAAUGUUGGCUGUAUAUUAGCAACGACCACAUGUUCGGUUGUACUGUUAUCGCCUAAUCGACGAACCAUAACUAGUCGUAUGCUUAAACCACCUGCAGGAUGGUUAGGUGGUAUUUCCAGACGUAUAUCGUCACUUAUAUUUGGACCAAUGUCAACGACUCAAGGCGCCGAAACGAAAUUGGUGAAAUUAUUAGCGUCACAAGAAAAUGAACAUUGGAAAAUAUACGUUUUGGCUGGCCAAUCAUUACAAAAAUGGUCAUUGGAAAUUGAUAAGGGUUCUGGUACGGAACAAUUAAUUUACGAAUGUGAAGUGGGUCGUUUGGCACGAGAUGCAUUCCAUGCUGCGUUAUGGGAAACUGGAGUGAGUGGUGAUUCUCCCGCCGAUAAUGAAGUUUGGUUGUUGGAUAUGCAAGUUGCUUCGAAUGGUGAAAUUAUAUUAUUAGCUGCGGCCGUUAAUAUGCAACGAUCACCGCAAGUCCAUUAUGCAAUAGUAUCCAUUUAUGCUGGAGGAUCAACUCCUCCAAAUCAUUUACAAUUAUUUACUAUUCUAAAAUUAAGUGGAUUAUAUCGUCAAGAAGCUGAAUCGGAAGUAUUUGGAUAUCGUUUAUUAAUCUGUGGCAAUUAUUUUUAUCUGCAUAAUCAACGAUCCGUAAUUGCAUUGGGCAGUUUACGUCAAAUAUCUGAAGAUCCAGAUGUUAUUGAAUUUGUUCAUGGUGGUGAUCGUAUUUUAGGCGGAAGUGUUUGUAUUAAUACACCAUUGUUCUUUUCGAAAAAUCAUGGAUUAGUAACGGUGUCAGAUAAUAAUGAUAAUUAUCCAGAUAAUUUGAAUAGUAGUUUAGCUAUAUCGGAUAGUUUGGUGACCAAUGCUAGUCUUUAUGAAAUGUCAAUCUGUGAUUCAAAUGUUGGUAGUUUAACACUCUACGAUUUGGAUCCAUUGGAGAUUUCAAACGUCUACACUGAUAUUGUGGGCCAAUUAAAAGCAGCGUUUUUAUUCCAUGUGAAAAAGAACUCAUUAGCUUGUGAAGAAAUAAUAAAUGAAAUAUUUCCUGCAACUGGAACGGAUGAAGUAAAUGCCCCAUUAGAUAAAACAGUUGUUGCUGUUAGCAGAGAACUCAUUAAUGAUAUACCAGCUGGAGAUCCACGUUGGGCUGAACAGAGAGCGCAGCGUGCUAGUUUAGGCAGUUCAUCGUCCAUGCAAAUUACACGACAAUUACACGAUAAACAAAAAGCCUUAGAUUUAUUUAUUUCAUUUUUGAAAAAUACGAAUCUAUGGUCACGGCUCUCCAAAGUUUCCGUUUCGAAUAUCAUCACGGCUACGUCUUAUGUCAUUGCUGAACAUUCGGAGAAAAUUGUUGCCGCUCUUUCAUUACGAAAUCUACAAAAUGAACAUCUUAAUUUAUUAGAACGUGUUAUGCAAGCGUCUUUAGAAGAUGAAGGCUUGCAGAAUUCCGAAUCAAGUAGUUCAUUAACGAUACAAGAUUUAUUUUAUCGAUCUGUUACUCGAGUUCAUCGUUUAAUUCAACAAUUAUCGAUUUUAUGUGUACAACAAUCACAUUCAGAUUUGGCACCAUUACAGUUUGCAACACUUCUUCAUGAAGCCAACACAAUUUUAUUGGCUGUGUUACAAGAUGUAAUCACAUAUCGCCAGAAGAAAGUUGAAGUAUUUGCCAGUGCCAAAACGAAUCAAAGUGAAUAUUUACCAUGGACUGCAGCAAUGGGUACUCGUGGUGUACGAGAUGCUCUGUACACAAUGCAAAAAUUAACAUUGAAUAAAGGUGUUCUUUUAAUCACAGCCGAUGUGAACUUUAUGAAUUCACUGUACGAACAACUAGUCAGUUUAAUUGAUUUAAUAUUGGAUGGGAAAAAAUGCCAUUUAGAAAGUGUACGCGGAACGGAGAAGUUUGAUGUACUUUUACAAGAAUAUGAAACGGAACGGAAUAAUCUUAUAAAACCUCUUGUGGACAACAAACAGUACGAACGUGCCUCAAUAUUAGCCGAAAAAUAUUGCGAUUUUACACUUCUGGUGCAAAUUUGUGAAACUACAAAUAAUCAACCGAAAUUAAAUGAAUAUAUGGAACGUUUUGCCGAAUAUAAUUUCUCGGAAUAUGUCUUUAACUAUUGUUUGCGUGAAAAUAAACCAAGUCGUUUGAUAGUGCGACAAGGACAUACUUCUACGAAACAAAAUCAGGCGCUAUUAAACUUAGUUUCGGAGUAUCCUUCAUUAUCGUGGCUACAAAAAAUCUUUCGACAAGAAUAUUCACAUGCUAGUCAAAUUUUAUAUAACCUAGCAAAAUAUGAAACUGAAUACAUCACACGUAAAAAGUCAAUGUUAUCAAUAGCUAAAUUAGCUGAAAUUGCUUCACCCGUAUCUAACAAGGAAAUAAUCGACGAAAUGAAUUCACAAUUAAAUUUAAUCGCACACCAAGAAGAUAUGCCCGAUAUAAUUAUGGAAGAACAUGGUUAUAACAUAGAAAAUCCACGUGUACUCUCACCUAGAGAAUUAAUUGAAUUAUAUAUUGAUUUAGAAAAUAGUUCGUUAACAGAAUUCGAAAUAAAGAAAGCAUUAGAUUUAUUGGAAUAUAUCACGGAUGAUUUAGAAAAAUCCGAUUUAACACAUAAAAUAUGGUGUGCAGCGAUUUUACAUGAUACAACAUUAUGGCAGAAAUUAAUUGAAAGUCCAAAUUUACAGGCUUUAAGUGAUACAAUUUUCUUUAAAGUUGUGGAUCUUGCUUUGUUUUUGGGAAAUGUGGAAUUGGAUCAAUUUAUGCCACCAUUGGAACGAUUAUUAGAAUCAUCAGAAUUAAGUUCAUUUAAUUCCGAUGCAAAUUUCCAAUACAUCAUGAAAUCAGGAUAUGAAGAAAUUUAUCGAAUACAUAAAAAUACUGCCUAUUAG